AUGGCUACAACCAAAUCACAGCCGGAAAUCUAUCAACCAUUAUUAAACAGCAUUCCCGACAAUCUCCUUUCACGCUACGAUCCCGUGUUUGUGGAGUACUAUAAUGAAUACAACGUUAGCCGCCCACAGACAUAUUACUUACUUUUAAAAAAAGCACGGAACAACCCUUUAAAGUACACUAUCUCAUAUGGCCGCGCCGAAGGCCCUGAAGUCUUUCGUGUCACUGAACAAAAGUGUGCUGUAGAGGGUGGUAAGAUCACGAUUAGGAUAUUUGAGCCCGAGCCAUGGAAGGAGGGCGGAGCAAAGCGUCCUGUCUACAUCAAUUAUCACGCAGGAGGAUGGACCUUUGGGGGUCUCCAUUAUGAUGACCCAUUCUGCCGACGGCUGACGAAGGGGAUAGGGUGCGUAUGUUUCGAUGUUGACUACCGUCUCGCUCCUGAAAACCCAUAUCCAACUCCAAUUGAAGACUCUUGGAUGGCUUUCAAAUGGAUACACGAUGAAAAGGCGAGGGAGUUUAAUCUUGAUGUUAGCCGUGUAGCUAUAGGCGGAGUUUCUGCUGGCGGACAUAUCGCGGCCGUAAUUGCGCAUCUUGCUCGGGACGCAGGCUACCCUCUCUCAUUACAAGUCCUAGCAGUGCCAUGCGUGGACCUUACAGGCGUCUUCACACGCGAUGGGAAAAUCAAGGCCGAUUGCCCCUAUGAGUCUUACAGAGAACAGUUUGAUACUGUAGGCUUGCCAGCAGAACGUAUGAUGUAUCUUCAUCGAACAUUCCUUAGCUCUCCAAGACCUCUAGAGUAUGAAAAUCAUUGGAAAUUAUCUCCGAUCAACGCACAGAAUUUCGCCAAUCUCGCCCCUGCCUUUAUUAUUACUGCAGAGAUGGAUAUUCUGCGUGACGAAGGCGAAGCAUAUGGUAGAAAGCUCAUGCAGGCGGGCAUAAAAGUCAAAUCCCAUAGAUACAAGGGCAUGCCACAUCAUUUUAUGAUGAUGGAUGGGAUUCUGGAAUCUGCAAUGGAGUACAAUCGCGAGUUUGAGGAGGCGUUGAAAGAGGCUUUCAGUAUGGCUUAG